AAUCAUUAUAAUAACUCUAAGUCAAACUGUUGAUUCAACUUUUAAUAGGUCUUUGAGUUUAUGUUCAGUUAGACUCUUAAUGGGCCGUGAGUUUGGGUUCGAUUAGACUUUCAGUGGGCUUUUUGGCGAUAAAUUAGCUAUUUAAAUUUUGUUCUGGUUUCGUCUUUUAGUAAUUUAAACUUUUUGCUGCUUGUGUGGGAUUUGGCUUUCGAGUUUUCGAUCGCCCUGGAGCUCGAGAGAAUCCAUGGAUUCUUCGCCUGUGUCUGGUCGCCUCGAUAUAUUCGAAAUAUACCGCAGAUUCUGUGAGAUUAGAUCAAGUCAAGGUCUGUGUAAUAAUAUCUAUAAACCUCCCUACGAGGAGGCAUCAUCACAAAGAGCUAACUAUCUUAAAGAAGCAUUGACUCAGCUCUUAACCCUUGUCGAGAACAAGUUUCAACCAAGAAACUCCAUCUUUGAUGAGUUGUUCAAGUUGAUGUCACGCCUAGACUUAAUGGUGGACUUCUCGGAGUUUAGACGCUUUUAUGAUUUUGUUUUCUUCAUGUGCCGUGAGAAUGGGCAGAAGAGUAUUACUGUAGGCAGAGCUAUUACCGCAUGGAAACUGGUUUUGGUUGGGAGAUUUAGGUUACUUAACCACUUGUGUAAAAACCAACGGCACAAUAUUACAGAAGAUACUUGGCAACAAGUCUUGGUGUUUAGUCGUUGUGUACAUGAGAAUCUUGAAGGAUAUGACUCCCAAGGUGCUUCGCCUGUCCUCAUCGAUGAGUUUGUUGAGCAGAUGUACAGCAUUCUAGGACCGAGAAAGAACACUAGCUUGUCAUGUAACUGUGGUGACAGAGAAUCUGAAUCAUGUCUUUAUGAAGAUCCUCUUUCAGAUGAGCAUCACAAGGAUUUUCGCCGCUGCAACACGGGUUUAAGAAGUGUUCCAGGCUUAAAGAGAAAAACAUCUAAAGACUACGAUGAAGAAGAAGUAUCAGAAAAUGAAUACGCUUUUUCUUCUCCAAACAUGAAACGGAUAAGAUCCGAAGACAGUCCAGGAUGUUCAUCCAAGACUCAUUGUGCGAUUGAGAGAAGUCUAUCACAAGGGUUUGCGAGUCUUUUAUCGACUGGAGAUGAGUCUUGAAACACAAAGACACCAUCCCGCAUAAGCACAGGUUAUAUACAAAACAAAAGAGGUCCCAAGUUGACGUUUAGUUCUUAUUUGUUGUAAGCUUAUAUGACAUUUGCUUACCCAAUCGAUUAAAAAAUUGAUUUUAUUUUUGUUUGGUUGCAAAUUUAGUUGAUUUGAAAUGCUACUAAUCAGAUGAAUUUUAUUGUGCAA